AUGACCGUGCCGUCACCUUGCGUCUUCCGCGCACCCUCUGCGCUGGCCUCAACGCGCCUUUGCGAAGCGCCCUCCCUCUCCCAAUACAGCUCUCACUCCAACGCUUACCAGCUCCCUUCCUGUAUUAUCUCCACUCUCGCCCUAUCACCAUUCUCCGUCCUAUCUCCCUGCCCUCUCUCUCCUAGCACUCUCUCCUUUCCUUGUCUUAUCUCCCCUCUCUGUCCCAUCUCGCUCCUCCGUCCAUCCUAUCUCCCCUUUUUGCAAUGCAUAAAUCCCCCUCUCCCUCUUGUGACUCUAUCAUUGACUCUCUCUCCACUCUCUGCUGUGGGAUUCCCUCCAUGCCCUCUCCCCCGUCAAUGCCGUCUCACCCCCUUCUUCUCGCUCUCCCUGCUCAUCCCCCUCUCUCCCAUUUGUCCCUCUCUCCUCUCUUCCCUCUCUGACCUACCUGCCUUUCCAUGUCCUCUCUCCUCUUGCAGAGGAGGCUUCUCCCCUCCCUGUUUCAAUUCCAGGGUGUGUCCUCCCUUGCCUCUCAGAUUCAUCUUCCUCGCUGUCACAGUGCCUUAUCAGGUCAUCCAAGCCGCGCCUCACUCCUCAACGUCUACCUGCCUCUCCCAACGGCACCACAGCGCCUCUCCGCAUCUCCGUUGCAGCGCCAACCCUGGGGGUCCUCUCUCCUCCCUCUCCCUUUCUCCACACCCUGCCGGCGCUCUCUCCUCCCUCUCCCUCUCUCCACGCCCUACCCUCUCUCCCUUCAAUGCCCCUCUCUCUCUCCCUCUUCCUCCCUCUCUCCCUCUCUGUCCUUUCACCAGUCCCUGUGUUAUGUCACCCUUCUACGUGUUAUGUCACCCUUCCCUGUCAUAUCUCCCAACUCUGUCCUACCUCCCUUCCCUGUCCUCUCUCUUCUCUCAAUCCUAA